AACAGAGAUUAGUGGGGGAGAAAUGGGAAGAAGAAAGCUGAAAAUCCAGAGACUGGAGAGCAUCAAAGCAAGGCAAGCGACGUAUUCAAAGCGUAAAACUGGGAUUCUUAAGAAAGCCAAAGAGAUUUCGAUCUUGUGCGAUGUCGAUGUUGCUCUGCUGCUGUUUUCACCUACCGAUAAACCAACCCUGUUUGUUGGCCAAGAAAAGAGAUUGAGUGAUGUUCUUGAGAGACUGUCGAAAUCGCCAUACGAGGAGAUCGAAGAAAGAAGGGCGUAUACAAUGCAGAUAUUGAAGAAAAUUUAUGCAAAUUCUGAGUCGGAAUUUGUACAAAAUAGCUCCUCACAAAAUGCAAGUGAUAAUGCCCAGAAGGCACAUGAAGAGCAACUGAGGGAGCUGAAGGAAAAAUUGGCUGAGAAGAGCAAGAUUCUAAGGGACUGGAAAGACCCAAGUAAUGUUGAGGACCUGGCACAAAUAAAGCUCAUGGAAGAACACCUCAUUUCAUCCCUCAAUGGAAUCAGAAACAAGAAGGGGAACGAGGGUACUGAAACUUAA